AUGUUUAGCAUGGGUUUCGCUGGAAGAACUGAGAAUUUGGAGAAGAGGUCAAUCGACCAGGAGUCACAAGUGGAAAAGAAAACUACUUCGUGGCUUACUGAAUCUGUAAGAGGGCAACAGGUUGCUUUUUUCAUAUUCACCUUGGCCCACUGCUAUCGCUUUAUCUGGGACUUUUUCAUGGAUGAAAACGUUGAGGUUCAUCUCAAGUACUUUAUUCCUUCUUUACUAUUGGAACUACUCAUAAGUGGCACCGUGUGCGAUACGAAACUGGGUGACAAGAUGGACUUUUUUAUGUCGAAGAAAAGUUUGAUAGCUUGGUCCAUCGUACAGGUAACAAGCCUUUUGGGUUUCCUUAUUUUAUUCUAUCAAGGUAAAUGCUCCGCUUUGAUCUUGCAAAUAUGGUGUGUAAUAUUUAUUAUAGCCUACCCCGUCUUCAUCAUCACUAACAUUGUAAGGAAACUCUCUCCAGGCCAAGAAUACAUGGCUACAGCGUUGCUUUAUGCAACUAUCCCUAUGUUAUCUUCAGGAGUCAUGCGGCUCUCGUAA